UUCUUCCUCAUCCAUCUCACCAGGUCCAAGCAUCCAAGCAUAGUUCAGGUCAUAACUUAAGGUAUAUAAUAGCAGCUGAUUGAUCAAGGAACCAAUAGUCGAGUGACAUCCAUGGCUUCUCUGUCGAUGAGUGCGGGGUGGACGCCGAAGCAGAACAAGCUGUUCGAGCAGGCGUUGGCGGUGCACGACAGGGACACACCCGACCGCUGGCACAACAUCGCCCGUGCUGUCGGGGGCGGCAAGUCGGCGGACGAUGUCAGGCGCUACUACGAGCUGCUCGUCCACGACAUCGCCCGGAUCGAGGCCGGCAAGGUGUCUUUCCCCGCCUACCGUCCACCAUGCCCCGGCCCCGGCCACAACGCCAGCUACGAGGCCGACAGGUUGAAGCACUUGAAGAUCUAGCUAGGCGGUAAUCUGGUAAUGGCCAAGGGAUGAUACACAAUACACAGAUGGACUGAAUGAAGAAGCAUGUGCGUGCAUGGGGGUACCUUUUAAUACUCAUAAGCGUGUGCAUGGUGUCCAUGACUCCAUGUCAAUGUAUACAUGCACUACUAGCCGGCAGAAAAGUUGGCCGAUUAUGCAGAUGCAUGCAUGUUCAUAAUACUCUAGUGGCUAGUGGUCUAUAAGUAUGUACGUGAGAUUUACUCACAUGGGUUUAACUUAUCUCCUAUGUAUCUAAUGUACAAUAUUAAUAUUAUCCUUUAUAUUAUUGUC